GCUUGCUGUUGUGUCCGACGACUUGAGUUUGAGGAACGCUCUGUGCUUCCUCAGCAACGCCGCCCUUGACGAUCCUUACUCAGCAGCUCUUUCCAAAGAAACUUAAGGCGUCCUGCGUGAUGCCUUCGUCCGCUAGCACACUGUCCGCGCACCCUCGUUUCGAGCGCACACCCACCGAGCACGUUCAACUUGCACUUCAAGUUAGCGAUGGCGACUGCUCCAAAUGCACCCAACGCCAUGGGGCCCACUCACCAGAGAGACUUUGGCGUGCUCCCCGUGCCAAUCUGGCUCCGCCACCAAGAAGACAAGCCACUACACUUUGGCCUCUUCCUCAAUGCCAUGUUCGGCAUCUUCGCCUGCUUCACGGUAUCGAACCUCUAUUACUGCCAACCUAUCCUCGGAAAUCUUGCGAGUUCGUUCGGCAUUUCUGAAGACAGAGUAUCAAAUAUCCCCACGUUGGUGCAGCCAGGUUAUGCCGGCGGGCUCCUCCUGGUCACGCCGCUCGGUGACAUGGUUCAGCGGCGGCAACUCAUCCUCCUGCUCGUGCUCAUCUCCGCGUCCCUCACCAUCGGACUUGCGAUCACUCGCUCACUUGUCGUGUUCGAAGUGAUUACCUUCCUUGUCGGCUUCACCAGUUGUGUCCCGCAGAUCCUCAUCCCGCUUGCCGCCGACCUCGCGCCCAUUGACCGCAAGGCAGGCGCAACCGCAAUCGUCUGGGCUGCCCUGAUGCUUGGCGUCCUCUUCGCGCGUGUCCUCUCCGGUGUCAUCACCAACUUCGUCACGUACCGCGCCGUGUACUGGCUCGCGACCGGGCUCCAGUUCGCCGUGCUCGCCGUCGCAUACUUCAUCAUCCCGAAUGUGCCGCCCAAAAACCUUGGGCUCUCGUACGCCGGCAUCCUCUGGUCCAUGGCAAAGCUCCUUGUUACGCACCCACUCCUAAUCCAGUGUGCGCUCUGUAUGAUCGUCAGCAACAUAUGCUUCACCAACUUCUGGGUGACGCUCACCUUCCUGCUUCUCCAUGCGCCCUUCCACUAUUCCUCGCUGGAUAUCGGCCUAUUCGGCUUGCUAGGCAUGCUCGGUGUCCUGCUCGGCCCGUUCCUCGGCCGCAUCCUUGACUUCAUCUACCCGUGGUGGGGCGCGGUCGCGGCGGAUGGCGCGCUGCUCGUCUUCCAGGCCGUCAUGGUCAUCGGUGCGGGCCUGAACAUCGCACCGGUCAUAAUCGCGACGCUAGGGCUCGACGUCUUCCGCCAGACGACCGCCGUCUCCCUCGUCAACAUGGCCUUCGCGGUCGACCCGCGUGCGCGCUCACGCAUCAACGCCGUCAUGAGCGUCUCGCUGUUCAUCGGGCAGAUGAUCGGGACGUCCGCGAGCACGACGGUGUUCCUGCGCUACGGCUGGCGCGCGUGCUACGGCAUGGCGCUCGCGCUGACAGGCCUGCAGGGCCUGAUCCUCCUCCUCCGCGGGCCCCACUGCCCGAAAGGCCGCUGGUUUGGGUGCGCCGGCGGUUUGGCGGUGCGCAAACCGGUCCACACCUCGCCCGCACCGGCGGCCACGGCUUCACCGGAGCCAGAGAAGGUCGAAGACGCGGAGGAUGCUGGCGAGGGCGAGAUUGGGGCAAAGACCGUGUAGACUCUGUUCCAGUCAUAGCUAGAUGCGAGUGGCGACCGGGAUCCUAGCACCUUCGAUCCCAGUUUGUCUUGUCUGUAGCUGACUAUUAGCGACGCGCGUCGACACGGUCACGUUAUCGCGAAUGCGUACUGUCUACUGACAAGCGCCGACGCUACAUGGUGGCUUUCGCCCACUAUGACCUGUCCCCUUAUAUGCUAUGCCAGUCACACCAUUUCGUCCAUCCCCGGAGUCAGCAACUCCAUAGUCAUAGCCUUCAAGGACGGUCUCGCCUGCGGCCGACUCAAGCCUGGAUAACUGUCCGAGCAGUCAACUAGGA